AGUUUUUUUUUUGUCUUGAGGGGAGGCGAUCAUGAAUUUUGGUUACAAUAAGGGGAGGCCAAUUGAGUCUAGCGGAAGGCUAGGAACUUUCUGCACCCCUGCUAUUGCCUAUUCUUAUUUUCUGUUUAAUCAUUUUCAGAACUAAUUCUCAAAAGAACUUCAUGAAUAUCAUGAUUUUAUCGAUAUUCUGAAAUCAUGAUCGAGCGGCCGUUGGCCGCAAAACAACGUAACUUACUUUAAUUAUAAUUAAAUUUUAAUAUGGCAACGUGUAACAUAUGGUGUUCACGUGUAACUUCGCCGGUGGUGACGGUGCCGCUGGUGGGAUCAGGAUGUUGAUUUAUCGGUGUUUCAGUGCCACACUGUUUCUUAUAUAAGUAGCAUGUUUUAUGAACGAAAUUUAGUUAUGAGUGACGAUUUUCUAUUCGAUACGUCUAUUCUGUUUGAUAACGUUCAUAGUGACGUGGAUUUAUCUGAUUUUGAUAUAGUGUCUUUUGAAGAACAUUUAAACGAAAUUCAAAAUGAGUCGGAAAGUGAACGCGAAAAAACAGAAAACAGUUCAUUUUGUGAGUUCCGAGGACGAGGAUCAGGAUGUGCAAGUGGACAAGGAAAUUCAUCAGGAAUUACCGAAUACUCAAGCUUUUCUCGACGAGGAAGCCCAGUUGAACGAAGAAGCAGAAAAAGAAAGCAAAUCUUCACGAAUAUUAGAAGAAGUUCUGAAUCAUCCGAUUUUUCUUCUGAUAAUGAAGAUGAUACCUCUUCGCACAGUGGGUCUUGUGCCGCUAAUUCGAACACUACUAGAAAUAACAGCGUGGAUGACGAAAGAAAAACAUCCGCAAAAAUUAAAGUGGAUAGUUUUUUACAAUGCAGUAAAAACUACGGCAAAAACUCACUUUCAGCCAGAAAGUUUGAAAGAAAUUGGUUGGCCAUCCUUAGCCGCCAAGAUCCUCGAAAGUUGCUCUUACACGAUAUUUACUUGUUUGGAAAUCAACGAGGAAAUAGAAGAAAAGUUUACGAUGAGCUGGCUGCUGGAAGGUAUGGAUCGCAAUUCUUCUACUGCAUCUCAGAACAUGGAGGACAUAUACAUGCCCUCCACUUCUGCGUCUACUCAGGAAGCCAAUGCAAAUGUUUGUUCUCCGAAAUCUUGCGACGGGGAUUCGGAGGAAGAGUUAAUCGAAAAAGAGUUCCUCUCCACAUCAUUAGCUGCGACUGGUGGAAGGGUCUCGCAAUGUAUCUAUCGAAGGAGGGACGAUCGAUUGUACAAAUGCGAGACGCCGGGGGAACGUGGUUCUGUUUUGAUAAAACUGGAAUACUACAAUCUCCAAUCUAUGAGAAAGGUGGAGAAAGACUCUUGGUGGAUGCACGCAGAUUGGAGGGCUUCGCUGGUUUUACCGAAUUCGUUGGACAGGAGGGCGACUUUUGUGCAAGAGACAUGCAAGAAGGCGUUCGAGCAACUGUGUCAGAUACCGGGGGCCAACAAAAGCUCUCAAAAGGCGAAGCGCUGAAAGCAUUUUUCAAUUCUGCAAUAGUUACGCCUGUCCAACGAAUUUUCAAAACGGAAAUAUGGUUAACAUCUGAAUGGAAAUAUUACGACCCCAAAAAUUUUUUUGUUCAGGUAAACAUUGAUAUGUUUUUGUUAAAAAUAAAUAAAAUGAAAGUAAAAGAUUUAUUUCAAUUACAAUUAAAUAUUCCAUUUAAAAAUUUAUUAUAUGAUUCUUAUGAUCCUUCUUCUCAAUUCUUAGAUUUAAUUUCAAGUAUAAUAAUUUUGGAAAGUUUAUUGAUACACCAAGUUGGCCAUGAAAAUGUUAUGGAUUUUUUGUACAAUGUACAUUGCAUAUUAGAUAAAAAAAUCCCGAAAAAAAAUACACUCUUCAUUCUUUCUCCUCCUAAUGCUGGUAAAAAUUUUUUUUUUGACUGCGUUGCACAAUCUAUGAUUAAUACUGGACAUAUUGGUAACUUUAAUAGGUUUUCAUCAUUUCCACUAAUUGAGGCAGUAGAUAAACGUUUGUUAGUGUGGAACGAACCAAAUGCUGAACCUUCAGCAUUCGAGGAUCUUAAAAAGUUAUUUGGUGGUGAUCCCUGCAAUUGCAAAGUAAAAUUUGAAGGUGAUAAUAUAGUACUUAGUAAAAGCUUAGAGUAUGCCUAA